AUGGAAGACAGAAGCCUAGUGGUAGCAAAAGUUCCAAUCCAAGAACUAUAUUUCCUGAUCGCUAAAUUUCUCGCCAACGGACCGCUGCGAGAAACGGCAAACGUUUUAGUUCAGGAGUUGGAACAUUUAGACAUAUUUCCGCGCCGCCUCGACUGGACCGGCCAGGAGCAUCGGCAAACCUUAGCAGAAUUGGAACGAAAGUAUCCCCACAUUGGACCGCAACAUCUACUCGAAAUAUGCAGCCGCGUCGGUCCACUGCUGGACAAGCAGCUCCCGCCGGCCGUUUCCGGGCUUAUCUCGGUGCUCGGUGCGGGGCGGCAAAGUCUACUGCGCACCAAGGAAACCGUAUCGCGACCACGCCAGCUUGUGGAUUACUACACGCGGGUGCACGACCGCCCGUUGAGCGAUGUCGUGAACCGGAACAACACGCACAACCUGGUCCGGGUGCUGUACGGUCGCGAAAGUGCCGGCCCAUUGGUCCGCCACCAGGCUGUCCCAACGUCGUUCUACUCGAAGCAAAACCUGCAACGGCGCACGCUCGGCCACCUGUCGGCCGUGUACUGUGUGCUGUUCGAUCGGACGGGAAAGUACAUCAUUACCGGGGCGGAUGAUUUCCUCGUCAAACUGUGGAGCGCGAUCGAUGGCCGGCUGUUGGCCACGUUCCGGGGCGCGUCGGCUGAAAUCACCGACAUUGCCAUCAACCUCGACAACACGAUGCUGGCGGCCGGUUCGCUCGAUCGCAUCCUGCGCGUCUGGGACCUACAGUACGGUGGUCCGAUUGCCGUCCUCUCGGGACACACGGGCAUGAUCACUUCCGUCAACUUUUGUCCCUCACCCAAAACCGAUCUCCGGUACCUGGUGACGACCAGCACGGACGGUUCGGUCGCCUUCUGGGAGUACAACACGCGCGGGGGCAAAACCACGUUCUGCUCCAAGCCAACGUCGUACCACGAGAAGCUACGGCCCGGCCAAGCGCAAAUGAUUUGCGGUUCGUUCUCACCCGGUGGCAUCUUCCUGGCGGCCGGUUCUGCGGACCACCACGUGCGGGUCUACCUGAUGUCGGAAGACGGCCCGAAGCGUAUCCUCGAGACGGAGUCACACGGCGACACGGUCGACUCGAUCCAGUGGGCGCACGCCGGACUGCGGUUCAUUUCCGGCAGCAAGGACGGAACGGCACUCGUGUGGCACUUUGAGUCGCAACAGUGGAAGUCGAUCCGGCUGAACAUGUCCGAUCUGACCCAGAGUUGUCCCCCGCCAACCGUGGACGAUGGUAACAUCAAGCUGAAGGUGACGAUGGUGUCGUGGGACAACACGGACAACUGGGUCAUUACGGCGGUGAACGAUCACACGAUCAAGGUGUGGAACGCACACACGGGCCGCCUGCAUCGGGUGUUGCGUGGCCACACGAGUGAAAUAUAUGUGCUCGAAUCGCACGCCAAGGAUUCGGGCGUGCUGCUGUCGGCCGGCCACGAUGGACACCUGUACAUCUGGGACAUCGUCGAGGGUGUUACGAUCGCCAGCUUUAUCAACAAGACCGAAGAUCUGAUCGGUAACCUAGGAGGUGGCAUUUACGACGCCAAGUGGUCGCCGGACGGUAUGAUGAUUGCGGCGACCGAUCAGGACGGACACAUCCUGAUGUUUGGCUACGGUUCUGGGCACGAAAAACUGAAGCGACUGCCACAGGAGCUGUUCUUUCACACCGACUACCGGCCGCUGAUUCGCGACUCGGCGCUCCACGUGAUGGACGAGCAAACGCAAACCAUGCCCCAUCUCAUGCCACCUCCCUUCCUCGUCGACAUCGACGGUAACCCGUAUCCGCCCGCCCUGCAGCGGUUGGUGCCGGGGCGCGAAAACUGUCCCACCGACCAGCUCGUGCCGAACAUCAGCGUCGAAAACGGCGGAGAGCUGCAACUGCAGCAGCAGCAGCAACCGCAACCCCAACAAUUGCCCGCCGUGGCAGUGGCCCGAGAUGGCGCCGCAUACUCGAACAUUGAUCGAAUGAUCGAAGCGUUGGCAAAUCGUCGCGUUGGUGGCGGUGGUGGAGGAGGUGCAGGAGCAGGAGCAGGAGGAGGAGGAAAUGGCGAGCAGCAGCCAUUGCCGGACGAGUUGGCUGCAGCUAUGGCUCCGGAUUCGAACAACGAGCGUCAGCAGCAGGCUGGUGGAAACGCUCGGAAUCCUCCUGUUCCGGUGGCGGCAGGGCGCAACGCAGCACCACAACAGCAGCAACGCUUCGGUUCCGUCGGUAACUGGCACCGGGCAGGAGCGGCAGCGGCAGGGGCGGCUGCGGCGGCACCGGCACCUGAAGACGAAAUGUUCAAGUUUCAUCGCCGACAGUACGUGCGGCCGAUGAACUAUUCGCUGAUGGUGCACCUGAAGCAGCGCGUCUACUGGGCGGGUGUGCAGGAGCAGGACGUGUACCGGCGUGAGAUGCGACGCCGACCCGUGAUGAUUAACACUGCCAACGGUGGUGCACUGGGAGGUGGCCAGUCACUGAAUGGUGGCCCCUCCGGGAGUCGGCGUCGUGGAGCAGCGGGAAAUCGCCCGUUGCGACGUGCAGGAAACGGUGCCGGUGGUGGUCCGGUACCCGCCUACCGGACGCGUGCGGUACGCGAGAACGAACCGCUACCGGAACCGCCGGAAGAGGACGAGCACGAGCACGAACAGAACGAAUCGUCGUCCUCGGAGUCGAGCCACAGUGACGAUUCGACGGCAAUCGAGGAGGAGCUCGAGUCCGGUUCCAGUUCGAGCGAUUCGCAGAGCUCCGACUACUCCGAUUGGGUUUCGCACGAACCGGGUCGCAAUCUGGAACCACCAAAGCGCUCGAAGCGCAAACACGUGCAACGGCGGGCUUACUCACCGCCCGAUCCGGAUCAAGCCGGUCCGAGCAAUGCGCCAGCCGAAGGACCAUCGGGAGCGGCCGCCAGUGACACGAGUGCCACCGGCACCGCCACUACGAGUCGGCGUUCGAGUGCGAAGAUCCGCAAAAUUCCGUUGACGCGCGAUGGUGAAAUACCGGAACAGUUCCGACCGCCCGAGUGGCUGUCGGAGGUGAUUCCACGGAAGGCGCCUUACUAUCCGCAGAUGGGCGAUGAGGUCGUCUACUUCCGCCAGGGUCACCAGCGGUACCUGGAGGCGGUGCGCACAAAGUCGGUCUACAGUUUGGGCAAUCGGUGCGAACCGUGGGCCACGCUGGACUUGCGAGCGCACGAAGUGUGCAAGGUGAUCGGCAUAAAGUACGAGAUCCGGCCGCCAAGGCUCUGCUGCCUCAAGCUGGGCAUCAUCAACGGGGACGGUGAACUGACGGAUCGCUCGUUUGCCAUCAAGUACCACGAUAUGCCGGAUGUCCUCGAUUUUCUGGUACUGAAGCAAACGUUUGACACGUCCAUGAUCGGUCGGACUUGGGGACCCGGUGAUCGGUUCCGGUGCAUGAUCGAGGACGUGUGGUGGACGGGACAAAUCGAGUCGCGUAACCAGCUUUCGGGCGACUUUCCCGACUCACCGUUCAUGUGCUUCCGGGUGCGCUGGGACAAUGGAGAGUACGAGCUGAUGAGUCCCUGGGAUCUGGAGCCGGUCGACGAGAGUCGCCAGCCGGACGAGAUCGGUGGAGCGGUUCCGGUGCUGGCCGAAGAGCUGCAGGCGACACUGUACCAACCGAAAACGGAAGAGUGGCCGCGAGGCGACCGCGACGCGUCCUGUCGGCGUAUCAUAGCGGGGCUCGAGCAGGUGAUGGGGCUAGCGAUCGCUGAUCUCUUUCUGGCGCCCGUCGAUCUCAACCUGUACCCGGAGUACGCGUUCGUCGUGGAGUAUCCGAUCGAUUUGAACACGAUCAAGUCGCGGUUCGAAAACCACUUCUACCGGCGUGUCACGUCCGCCCAGUUUGACGUGCGCUACCUGGCGACGAAUGCGGAAAAGUUUAACGAAUCGCACAGCACGAUCGUACGCAAUGCGCGCAUCAUCACUGAUCUCUGUUUACGCAUUUUGAGUGAUCUCAACGAAAUUGACGUGCCAGCCGUUUACCAUCAGCUGGUCGAUACCUACCUCUCGUCGGACUCGGAAGUGGAAAGCCAUCGUCCCGGCCAUCCUUCGUCUAGCGGUGGAGCUGCGGGAGGUGCUGGGCCGUCGGGGAGCGGUUCGAACCGCCGACCUCCGGCCGGUUCACGAAGAUCUCGUCGGUUGGUGCCGGAAGGAGAUUGGCGCGUCGAUUGCCGAGAAAUCCUUGAGAUGAUCUGGCAGUGCGAUGAUUCCGAGCCAUUCCGGGAACCGGUCGAUACGAUCGAACACCCCGACUAUCUGCAGAUCAUCGACACGCCGAUGGAUUUGCGCACCAUCAAGGAGGAUCUGCUGGGCGGAAACUAUGAUUCGCCGCUCGACUUCUACAAAGACAUGAAGCUAAUCUUCCAAAACUCGCGCAACUACAACACCAACAAGCGUUCGAGGAUCUACUCGAUGACGUUGCGGCUGAGUACGUUGUUCGAGGCUAACAUUAAACAGAUUAUCCAUAUGUGGAAGUUGACUCGGAAGCGUGGUAAGGCGGGCAGCAAACGAAGCAGCGGUAGCGCCGGUGGUGGAGCCAGUGGGAGCGGCUGGAUGGCGGCUAGCGGCUCCGGGGCGUCAAAUAAUGGGCUGCCCUCAACAAAACGUCGUCGGAACGCGGAGCGUCACCGCCGGGGGGCCGACGACGAUGGUCCCGGUCCGAGCAGUAGCAACAGCGGGCGACGAGGAUUAGCAGCGGCUACUGCGCUGGGCAGCAGUUCUGGUCUGAACACAAGUGGAGGUUCUUCGCGGACAGUCGCAAGUCAUACCCGCAGCGAUGACGACGAUGACGAUGACGAUGAGGAAGAGGAAGAGGAAGAGGGUAACCUGCCAACGAGGCCGAGCAAGAACCGAACGCGCAAUGGUGGCAUGCUGUCGCGGCGGGGGCAAGCGGCCGGUGCCGGAUCAAAUGGAGUUUCCUCAUCGAGCAACAAUGUGAUAGAUCCGUUGUCGCGUCCAAGCAGUAGCCGUACGCGAUCCCGGCGACACGGUCGCCGAUCUCAGGACCACCGAGAACAGGACGAUGAAGAAGAAGAGGAGGUGGACGAAAGGUCUGUGGGCAGUGACGAGGAAAGCGAGAUGAGCACCAGCGGUGGGGACGAUUCGACGAGCCUAGACGAUUCGGACAGCGACGAUGACGAUGACGACGACAGUACGGGCGUUCCGGUCUCGCAUCGUGCCGACUACGAUUCAGGUGAAGUGUACAAUCCGUACAAAAAACGCCGGAAGGUUGCGCACGUUUCGUCGAAGAAAAAGAAAAAGGUUCACCGUCGCCGGAAGGUCAGUUCGACGACGAAACGCAAAAAUGGUAUGUCCUCCGUGGCCAGCGAAACGGCGACGAUCGCCGCGGCAGCAGCAGCGAGUGGCACUACUACAUCUCGUGCGACCGUCAGACAAGAUGCUUUCGGAGCAGCAGCAUCGUCGAUGACAGCCGGACCAUCGUCGUCAUCGUCACGUUCUCUGCGAAACGGACCAUCGUCAUUUUCGUCGUUCAUGCAACCGGCGACAGGCGACACAAGGGGCGGCGCCAGUGAUGGGAGAAACAAUGGGAGGCCAAAGACGACCAACAAGCGAUCUCGUCGUGCGAUUCGCAAUCCGCUGGCUGCAUCAUCCGAAGAGGAUGACGAUGACGAUGAUGAUGAAACACUGGCGGAGAGGAGUGGACGUCGAGGGGGACCGAGUGCGAACGGACCGGCGGCUAAGCGUAACCGCGGACGGUAUGAGUCGGACCAUAGCUACCAUAAGGAGCGCCCCAAAACGGCUCGGAUUGUGUCCGAUACGGAGAACGAGGAAGAAGUGCCACGAUCGACGCGCGGAAGCGUUCGACGAGCGCAAGCGGAGUGGGGCAAGAGCGAGGACGAUAGUCUCGACGCAGACCGCAAUGCUGAUGACGAUGAUGACGAUGACGAUGAUGACGACGAAGCAGGCGAUAGUGGAACCCCUGUGGUUGCUGCCGUCGUCGGCAGAAGUCGUCGGAUAGCGGACGAGGAUGAGGAUGACCAGCAUCAGGCUGGUCCGAGUUCUCGGAGCACCGGAGCAUUCUCGUCGGCUGCGACCGGGGCAGCUGCUUCGGAUCGUAGGAUGAGAACGCGUAAACCGGUGAUCUCCGAUCGCGAGCAAACACCCGAGGAGGCGAGCAACAUCAGCAAGCGUGGGUCGACACAACGGGCGGCGGCAGCGAGAAGUCAUACCUAUCAUUCUUCGCGAACCUUACGUCGUGUGAUCGUGGAAACGACGACCGAAACGAACGGCACGUCCGGUGUCAUGGUACGCCGAACGGAAGCCAGCACCAGCACGGCCAUUGGACGUCGGUUACGGGGCACGACCAGCGAGGGAGUGAUGGCUGCCACUAGCACCAGUACGCCACCACCGCACACGGUCGAUCACAACUACGGCGAACCGGGUCCAUCAUCGCGUGGUACGUCAUCGGCCACUGCGAGGGCUGCCACCGUGGCGGCGGGUAGGAUCGGCGGUGGAACGCCAACAACUCCCCUGGAGACGGUAGCUCUAUUGCGAAGGACACGCAAUCGCACUGCCGCCACCCUUUCGCGCCACCAACGGAAUCCCGACGAGCUGGACCAGGCUAUGAGCGUGACGACGGGGGGCGAUCUAGUGGACGGUGGUCUGCCGAACGAAUCCAUCGUGCACGAGAACCAUCACGGGAGCACCGACCAUCACAACGAUGAUCCCGAAGAGGACGAUGACGACGACGACAUGCCGCUUCGAGCGCCGCAAGGCGGCAUGGUGGGUCGCCAGUUGCGGAACCGCCGUCACGUUGCGAGAAAGCGAAAACCGACCGUGUCCUUCUCUCACGAUGAGGCCGAUGGGAAAGAGGACGAACAGGUGGACGGCAGCAGCGACAGCGAUAGUGAUUCAGAUGAUAAUACGCCGCUUCACACGAUGGCUGCGGCGCUCGCGACUACCGCUGCGCCCACCGCCUGGUCCAGAGCUCGUGUCAGCCGCUCGCAAACCACCCAGCAAGCCGCCAGCAGUUCCGCCACGACGGCGGCGGCGGUCGCAGCCACCACUAUGGGUGUCCGUACGACGCGAGGGACGCCGAAAAAAGCGGAACAACCGGCGACGGCCAGCACGAGUCGAACGCGGCGGAAAGAGCGAUACACAUCGGACGAAGAGUACGAGCUGCCCGGCACUUCGAGUGGUCGAUCCACGCGCAACCUGAAGCGACUCCGGUACAACGAAGAGUCGGAAGAGGACGAUGAUGACGAUCGUCAUCAUCGCGGUCGGAGACGGUUCGGUUCGGGGACCCACAGGAGCCAACGGAACCCUCCGGCGCAACGGAACCCAGUGCACGCACACGACGACGAAGACGACGAUGACGACGAUGAGGACAUAGCGCGCGCACUGGCGAACAUCCGGCAGCGCUCCCGUCGCCUGACCGACGCUUCACCGUCGCCCUACGGUAGUACUCAAAAUAGUCAUAGUAGUAGCGGUGUUGUUGUCCAGCAACCAGCGCCACAACAGCAGGCUGCUCAACACCAUCCGCCACCACCACCACCACCACCAUCACAACAACAACAACAACCACAUCAUCCUCCGUAUCAUCCUCCUUCUCGCCAUCAGUCGUCCGCCAACACCAACCAGCGCGGUACCGGCGCAGCUGAUCCGGCAGCGAACGACGAACCUGUGCAGCGAACCUCCGUCGGUGAUGGUGUUGUUGCUGGCGGUGGCCUACGUCAGCGUCGGGUUCCGCGCCACCACCGCCAUCGUCACAGUUACUUAUCGGAUGCAGAUGAAGGAAGCGAGGCAGGAGCAGUAGCAGUAGCAGCAGUAGAACCUUCGCCAUCAGCGAGAGCCACUAGAGCCAGAGAGCGGGAUCACCGCGAACAUCACCAAUCCUAUCACCAUCGUCAUCAUCGGCUGCGUAAUGGCGACGCCAGUGAAGAGUACAAUAACGACGGCGAUCUUGAAGAUGAUGAGAAUGGUGAAGAUGAUGGCGUCAUGCUGUUGACUAGUGUCAGUAGCCGGGGUCGGGUACGGCGUAUCAAUCCACGCGUAAGCCGGAUGUUCCGCGAAUAGCCGCACGCCCCCCGGUCCGGUGAAGGAGAGGAGCUAGUAGAAUGUAGCUGGGUUGACAGCGGUUCGCUGUUGGUGGACGAUCGACGUGAUAACCGUGAUAAUGACAGCGAUUCGCUGGCCGAAUAUUCUUCCCCAUUUGCCGAUGGAUGUCCUUCGCUUCAAUCGGAUGACGCUGCCGAGCAGGAGUUGUUCCCGUCAUUGCCAGAUCCCGACGAUGAUGAUGAUGGUGAUGGCGAC